AGGAUAUUGUAACAAAGGAAAUUGGGUAGUGACGUGGCUAAACUGAAGACAGGAGUUUACAACUUGAAAAGAAGAAAUAACAACAAUACAAUACAAUACAAGAUUGAUGAUUUGGUUUGGUGGUUCAUGUGCCCUGCCAUGAAUACGAUGAGGGGUGUUGGCGUGUUUCCUUGUAAUGUUGUGAGAGUGAGAAGACAGUGUUCAAGAAUUCAUCAUCAUUCUUCUUCUUUUCACAAUAAUAAUAAUGGGAGAACAAUGAGGAAAUGCUUUGUGGUGCGAAACAGUAGCAGCAAAUUAGAUGAUGGUGAUGAUGAUGCAGAAGCAGAUGUAAUUGUGAUUGGGAGUGGUAUUGGUGGACUGAGUUGUGCAGCAAUGUUAGCAAGAUAUGAACAAGAUGUUGUCCUUUUGGAAAGUCACGACGUUGCAGGAGGUGCUGCUCAUUCUUUUGAUGUCAAAGGCUAUAAGUUUGAUUCAGGUCCAUCAUUAUUCUCUGGUUUGCAGUCAAGAGGUCCUCAGGCUAACCCUCUUGCUCAAGUUCUUGAUGCAUUGGGAGAGUCUGUUCCAUGCGCUACUUAUGAUUCAUGGAUGGUCUAUGUACCUGAGGCUGAUUUCUUGUCCCGCAUUGGCCCUACUGAGUUUUUAAAGGACCUUCAAAACUAUGCCGGUCCUGAAGCUGUUCGAGAAUGGCAAAAGCUUUUAGAUGCUGUACUUCCCAUGUCUACAGCUGCAAUGGCUCUUCCCCCUCUAUCUGUUCGAGGAGAUUUCGGUGUUCUUUACACAGCUGCUGCUAGAUAUGCGCCUUCUCUUUUCAACACCUUUUUCCAAAUGGGUCCUCAGGCUGCUCUUCGAUCCACACAGCUUCUCUCACCUUUCUCCCAAAUACUUGACUCUUUGGAACUCAAACACCCUUUUAUACGCAAUUGGAUUGAUCUACUCUCUUUCUUGCUUGCUGGGGUCAAAUCCGAUAGUAUACUCUCUGCAGAGAUGGUUUACAUGUUUGCAGAAUGGUACAAACCAGGUGGCUGUCUUGAGUACCCCCUUGAUGGAGCUGCAGGUAUUGUUGAUGCUCUCGUACGAGGACUAAAGAAAUUUGGUGGACGGAUUUAUCUUCAAAGUCACGUGGAAAAGAUUGUUGUCGAAAAUGAAAGAGCCAUUGGAGUGAAGCUGAGAAGUGGUCAAUUUAUACGUGCUAAGAAGGCUGUUGUGAGCAAUGCAUCAAUGUGGGAUACUUUAAAAUUGCUACCUCAAGAAGUUAUUUCAAAAUCUUACUCAGAUAGGAUUAACACAACUCGUCAGUGUGAAUCAUUCAUGCAUCUCCAUUUGGGAUUUGAUGCUGAGGGUAUACGCAGUGAUCUGGGAAUUCAUCAUAUAGUUGUAAAUGAUUGGGAAAGAGGAGUUGAUGCAGAUCAGAAUGUUGUGUUGAUAUCAGUGCCUAGUGUACUUAGUCCUAAUCUGGCACCUAUUGGGAAACAUGUGUUACAUGCUUAUCUACCAGGAACCGAACCAUUUGAGUUGUGGGAAGGACUUGAUCGUAGGAGUUCUGAAUACAAAAAUCUUAAAGAUCAAAGAUCAGAGAUAAUGUGGAGAGCAGUGGAGAGAGCAGUGGGAACAGGUUUCAGCAGGGAAAAAUGUGAAGUGAAAUUAGUUGGAAGUCCACUCACACAUCAAAGAUUUCUUCGGAGGAACAGAGGAACAUAUGGACCAGCUAUGCAAGCUGGUAAAGAUACCUUUCCCGGACAUUCAACCCCAAUCCCACACCUUUAUUGUUGUGGUGACUCCACUUUUCCUGGCAUUGGAGUCCCUGCUGUUGCUGCCAGUGGCGCAAUUGUAGCUAAUUCACUAGUUUCAGUGUCUCAGCAUUCCCAGCUGCUCGAUGCAAUUGGAAUUUGAAAUAAUUCUACAGAUUUUAUCUACCAAGCAGUAGCCUUACCAAACUCAAUUUUAUAUACUUUUCACUUCAUUUUAGACUUAUCACCA